UCUGAAAAUGUGUGUGCGAGUUCGCCAAAUGAAAUCAUUGACAAAAAGUUAAAGAAAUAAUUGAAAAAAGAAACGUAGUCUGUUCUGAUUGGAACAAACAAAUUGGUAAUAACAAAAUGAGCCCAACAAAUUCAUAUUAUCUUGAGGAACAGAGAGAAAUGCCGGGCAGAACCGGAGAUCUAUUGAUAGGUAAUAAGAGCCAGGUGACCCUCGUGUAAGGGCAUAAGAUCCUGCACAGCAACAAAUAUGGAAGUUGGGAACAGCAGGAAGAGAGCAGAACCUUAAGAAAUCAGGGCCAGCAGCAGUAGAUCAAGACGGGCUACAAAUAUGCAUAGCUUAGACUCUAAUAAAGACGUCUCCAAUAGGAGUAGUAUUCAAAAGUUGGAAGCUCACCCGCUCCACGCCGGCUGCUCCACAAUUAUCUAUGUAUAUCCAUUCUCUCAGCAGCAACACAAGGGACUCGGACUUUCCACGCUCAGCCUGCUGCUGCUGCUGCUGCUGCUGGGUAGCAACUGUCGCGCUGCCAAGAUACUCGUCCUGUUUCCACACGCCAGCGAGAGUCACUUUGCUGUGAUGCGCACCCUGGUCGCCGAGCUGGCCGGCCGGGAGCACAAUGUAACUGUUUACGGCGGCCACGGCCUGGGCGAGCGCUUGGAGCGCGUGGCGGAGACUGUCGUCGCGCCGGAAUAUGACUUUUGGAGCAACUUGCAACAACAUGCAGCAGCUGGCGGCAGCCUGGAGGACUUGGCCCGCCUGUCGGACAGCAGGCUGCGCAGCUCCUUGGCCCAGAUCGGGGCGCAGGCCAUGGAUCACUUUCUGGCGCAGCCGUCGUUGCAGGCUUUGUUGCAGCUGCCCAGCGCUGAGUUUGACUUCGAUGUGAUUAUUGUCGACUAUUUCUACACGGAGGCGCUGCUGGCGUUGGGCUAUAAGCACAAUAAGCCCACCAUCGGCAUUGUGAGCACAGAUUUCGGCAACUAUAUGAACGCGGUGCAGGAGGCGCUGGUGCCCGUCGCCUGUUCGCCCAUCGAUUUUGAGGCGUAUACGCCGGAGCUGGGUUUCGCGGCGCGCUUGGCCAACAUACGCGAGUGUAUUUCGCGACGCAAGCAAUUUCACAAGGAACACUACGCGGCACAGGAGAAAUUAAUACGCAAACAUUUUAAAAUUGCAGCCAACGUGCCGGAACUUCAGGCACAGCAUUUGGCUUUGUUGCUGCUUAAUACUCAUGUGCCGCUGUGGACGCCACGCCCAUUGGUGCAGCAAAUUGUCCCCGCAGGUGGGCUGCACAUACGCGGCCCGCGCGAAUUGCCCUGGAAUGUGAAGCGCUAUGCGGAGGAGUCACGGGACGGCAUCAUCUACGUGCAGCUGGGCAAUGAACAGCUCUGCGGUCAGCUGCCCAAAGAGAAGCUGCGCAUACUCUUUGAGUUUAUUGGCGGACGCAAGGAGCGUUUCAUUUGGACCUGCCACGAUGUGACGACGCUGGAGGGUCUGCCCAAAAAUGUGAUGAUACAGCAUGGCGUGCCACAGAUUGACAUUUUGGCGCAUCCGCGCGUCCGCGCAUUUAUCAUGAAUGGAGAUCUGUUGAGCCUGCAGGAGGGCAUUAUGCGUCAUGUGCCCAUGCUGGGCUUGCCCAGCUUCCAGAAUGAGUGCAAGAACAUGCAGUUGGCUGUUAGCCUGGGCGUCGGCCUGCAGCUGGAGCAGAGCAAUUUCACCAAAGCUGCUCUCAGCUGGGCUUUGGACGAGCUCACGACGCAACAGGACUAUCAGCUUGCCAUUCGGGAGGUGUCCAGCGAGUUCCGGGAUAGACCGUUAGGCGCGUUGGCCAAUGCCAUGUUCUGGGUGAACUAUGUGGUUCGGCAUAAGGGCGGCGCUGCGAUUAGAACACGCGGCAUAGAUAUUGGGUCAAAUCAUUUGCAUUUAUUUGAUUUGUUUGUUUUUUACUUUGCUUUGGCGAUUGUUAUAUGCGCCGUUUUGGUUGCCGUCUACUUCGGAGUAGUAUAUGCCCUGCAAAGAAAACGUAACGAUGCAAAAUUAUCAAAAUUAAGUUAGAUUUUAGUUGCAAAUUAAUAAAUGCCAAUGCGCACAAAUAGAGCAA